AUGCCGAGGAGUACGAGGCACAAAUCGAGCAAGCAUAAGGAUGCGAGAGACUACUCCGAUUCGGAGAAAGAGUCGAGUUUGAAGGAGAGGAAGAGCAGCAAAGAUGAGAGUAGUGCUAGGGUUUCCAAGGAUUCUGCUUCCGGUGACAAGCGAAAGCUUGAUUCCAAGGAGUAUUAUGAUUCGACUAAUGGGGAGUACUAUGAGGAGUAUACUUCCUCGAAGCGCCGGAAAGGGAAAUCCGGAGAUAGUGGUAGUGAUAGAUGGAAUGGUAAAGAUGAAGAGAAAGAGAAAGGGGAGUCUUCGAAGAAGACAAAGGCGUCUAGUGAGAAGAGUAAGAGGAGAGAGGAAGUAGAUGGUGAGGAGACGAAGAAGAGUAGUGGUAAAAGCGAUGGGAAGCAUAGAGAGUCUAGUAGAAGGGAAAGCAAAGAGCUUGACAAGGAGAAAGAUCGGGAAAAAGAAAGGAAGCAUAAAGAAGGCAAAAGUGAGAAACUUCAUGAUGGUGAAGAUCACCAUAAGUCCAAAGCUGGUAAAACUGAGUUGAAAGCUCAGGAUCAGCCGGACAAUCAUACUGAGAAGCGUUCAAGGCGGAAGAAGGAUGAUCAUGGUGUCGGAGACAAGCAUCAAGAUAACAGUGAUGAUGUUGGCGAUAGGCUCACUUCCGGAGAUGACUACAUUAAAGAUGGGAAGCAGAAAGGAUCGAAAAGUAGAGAGAAGAGUCGGGAUGACAAGGAAGAAGACGUCAAACAGAAAGGUGACAAGCAGAGAGAUGACCGACCUACUAAAGAGCAAACGAGGUCUGAUGAAAAGCACCUCCGAGAUGAAAGUAAAAAGAAAUCUAAAGUACAGGAUAAUGACCAUGGUCAUGAGCCUGACAGUGAGCAUGAUGGAUAUCAUGACCGUGAACGCAAUCGGGACUAUGAUAGGGAAAGUGACCGAAAUGAGCGGGACCGAGAACGAGCUCGGGAACGUGAUCGUGAUUAUGAGCGAGAUAGGGAGCGUGAUAGGGAUAGGGAACGUGAUCGCGAUCGUCGGGAUUAUGAGCAUGAUCGUUACCAUGAACGGGAUUGGGACCGUGAUAGGAGUAGAGAUCGUGACAGGGAUCAUGAUAGGGACAGGACUCAUGACAGAGAGAAAGACCGUAGUCGUGACUAUUAUCAUGAUGGAAAACGAAGUAAAAGUGACCGUGAGAAGGAUAAUGAUCGUGAUGAGCAAAGUGGUCGGUACAAGGAUAGGAGGGAAGGUAGGAAGUCUCCAGAGUAUCAGGAUUAUCAGGAAGUCAACAUUGGCUCUAGAAGUAGCAGAGCAGAGCCUGAUGGUGAUGUGAUAAGAUCAGAGCGUCAACUUUCCAGUUCAGUGGUUCAAGAAGAGAACGGGAAUGUGUCGGAUCAGAUAACCAAAGGGGUCUCUUCCAGGGAGGCGGCUGAGCUGUCUGGAGGAUCAGAGAGAGGUACAAGGCAUAAAGUUUCUGAGAGAACAGUGAAGUCUGAAGAUGGUGUUUUGGGCGAGUUUCAGGCUGAAAGGUCGUCCGCCCCUAAAGCUUCACCCAGAACUAUGGUUGAAAGAUCUCCCUCUUCGACUAGUCUUGACCGGAGAUACAAUAAUCGGAGUGGUUCAAGACGAAGUCUUGAAGUUGAAGAAACGGGUCAUAGGAGCAAUGCUAGGGAAUUUUCAGCAGCUGAGGAUGAAAGGAAUCUGGCAGAUGGCACAUCCCAGGCAGAAUUAUCCUUUAACAACAAGGUCAAUCAGAACAAUUCUUCUUUCCCUCCACGUCCUGAAUCUAGGGGUGGCAUUAGCAGCCCUAGAGUUGGCCCUCGAGAAGAAGAUAAUAGGGUCAAUACUGGACGUUAUAAGAGAGGCAGCGUUGAUCCGAUGAUGGGAAGAGGGCAAAGUAAUGUGUGGAGAGGUGUCCCAAAUUGGCCAUCUCCCCUUCCAAAUGGAUUUAUUCAAUUCCAACAUGUUCCGCAGCAUGGCGGUUAUCAAGCUAUGAUACCACAGUUCUCAUCUCCAUCUAUCUUUGGGGUGAGGCCUUCCAUGGAAAUGAACCAUCCUGGAAUCCCUUACCAUAUACCUGAUGCUGAGAGGUUCUCUGGUCACAUGCGUCCUAUCGGCUGGCAGAAUAUGAUGGAUGCCUCAGGCGCUUCUCACAUGCAUGGAUUCUUUGGGGAUAUGAGUAAUAGUGUUUUCAGGGAUGAUUCAAGCAUGUAUGGGGGAUCUGAGUGGGACCAUAACAGGCGCAUGCAGGGCAGGGGCUGGGAAUCUGGUGCAGAUGAAUGGAAAACUCGAAAUGGAGAUGCGAGCAUGGAAGUUUCAUCAAUGUCUGUGAAAGAUGAUAACUCUGCGCAGGUUGCUGAUGAUGAGUCUCUUGGCGGCCAAACUAGUCACUCUGAAAAUGGCAGGGCAAAAAGCGUUGAAGCUGGUUCUAAUGUAACAUCUCCAGCAAAAGAAGUGCAUGCGAGUUCUCCUAAUACUAAUGCAGAAGCUGUGGCUGAAGAUCUUGUUACAGAAACAAAUGAUAACUAUGAACGUUAUUGCCGGCAUUAUCUCUCAAAGCUUGAUAUAUCGUUAGAACUUGCUGAUCCCGAGCUGCGUGAAUGCAUUAGCUUGUUGGUGGAUGAAGAACGUCUAACGAUGGAUGAUGGAACUGCUGUGUUUGUAAAUCUCAAGGAAGGUGGGAAACGAGUGACGAAAAGCAACAGUACUUCCUUGAAGACUCUUUCACUGUUUCCUUCUCAGAACAGUUCAGUGUUUCAGAUGGCUUUGAACCUCUACAAGGAGCAAAGAUUUGAAAUAAAGGGUCUCCCAAAUAUCGAAUAUCAUGAGCCUCCUCCUAAAGUCUCUCCUUCCAAUAUGGUCAAAGUUGAUAGCAAUGAUGAUAUGAACGAUGUAAUGAAAGGAAAUAGUUUCGUGGAGACAGCAGAUGUGAAAGCUGCAGAUGUUUCAGAUUCAGACACGUCCCAUAAGGAACAGCCAAAAGUGUCGUCACCUGUUGAUGCCGGAAUGGAGAUAGAAACACAAGACGGAGGAGGUUUAUCGCCCAGUCCAGAUAAGUCACCGGAGGCUCAAGAAGCUGUAGCUGCAGAUCUCAUUGAAGUUCACGAGGAAGAUGCAAAGCCAGAUGAAGGAGCUGAUGUAGACCAAACAAUGGAGACAGCUCCUGAACAUGAUGGUGUUACAGAAGGUGAUGAUCCUGUUACCUUGACAAUAGCUUCACCGGCACCGGUGGCUAUUGAGGUCGAAGAGCAGAUCGAUCUUGUGGCUGAAGACGAGAACAUGGAAGAAGCAGAAGAGAAGAAGGUAGCUGAUGAUGGAGAUGAAGAUGGACUUGUAAUUGUUGGGGAUGUAUCUCCAAAGGUAAUGGAACCAUUAGUUCAUGAGUCUGAUGAGUCAGUAAUAAGUCGGAUACAUCAUUCUCCUCAAAGUACACAUUAA